AUGGCGGUAUUCGUACGUAGACGGCGGAGGAGUCCGCGGAUACUCCAGCCUGCUCAUCCUCCGAGCCAUCAUGUUAGAAAUAAAACGAGAGAACAACCUCCAGGAGGUACCGAAGCCGUGCGAUUACUUCGACCUAGUUGCCGGUACAAGCACCGGAGGGUUUGUUCACCCAUCCAAACCGCAACCACCUUCCCCUCCCUCCAUUUCAUACUAAUGCCAAUACAAGAGGGCAAAAAACAGAGAAUGGACGUCGACGCCUGCAUAAUUAAAUACCAGAAAAUGUCCGGCGACAUCUUCAAGCGCCCCUGGAAAUUCCCUGGGAAGCCUAUCUUGGACGCCUACUUCAAAAAGCCCUGGUUCUCAGAGGAGAAGCUGAAACAGAGCAUCGAGAGCGUGGUAGGAUUGAUGAUAAGCCCCCAGGAGAAAGCCCUUUUAGAGUCCCAGGGCGUGAAAUUCUCGGACGCCCCAAUGGCGGACCCGUGCAUUAUCCCCGGUGUGAACGCCUGCAAUGCCUUCGUCUGCGCCGUGAAGGUCGAAGACCUGACAACCGCGCUCAUAAGAACAUACCCUCAACCAAGCACAUCCCUAUCAGAAACCUGUCAGAUCUGGGCCGCUGGACGCGCGACCUCCGCCGCGCCCCUCUACUUCCCCCCUAUGAAACUCGUCACCCCUCCCUCACCCGUACCAACGGACUUCUUCGACGGCGCCAUGAGGAAUAACAAUCCCAUAGCUGAAGUCAAGGACGAGGUGUUCCUCGCUCACCGUGUCGAGUCCCCGCGCUGCGUGCUUUCCAUCGGAACCGGAUAUCUCACCAACGCUACCGGUGAUCGGGGCUUCUGGACGCGCCUUGCGAAGUGGGCUACCGGCGGCUUUGGCUACCUGGGCUGGACGCUGCUCCAGCUCGCGACGGACACCCAGGCCAGGCAUCUGGAGGUGAUGCGCGAGGGGAAGUAUGCCCGCUUCCGCGAGAAUUACGUUAGGCUUAAUGUUCCUGGGAGAUUGGCGAAUGUUGGGAUUGAGAGGUGGGAUGGGAUGGAGGAGAUGAGGCAUCUGACCGAGGCUUAUUUGUCAACGGAGGAGGCUAGAGCCGAGGUUAGAAGGUGUGUGGCGAUGCUGAAGGCCGGGAGGAACUUUGAAAUGUAG